AUGCGGCGCUGCCGGCACCUCUCGGCCCCCGAGUGCGCGGCGCUGGCGCGGAGCCCCGCGGGCUCGGCCCCGCUGCGGCAGCCCCUGGGCCUGGGCAGCGCAGCGGGAGCGAGGAACCGCGGCCUUCAUCCCACCCACGGGCCAGGCAGGCAGAGGAAGAUCCUGGAUUUCUUCAGGAUAAAGGCAAAGCCGUCAGCGGGAGCUUCUGGCAUGCAGAGCCGCGGGAUGAAGGCAGAGCCACUGGAUCCCUUUUCCCCUGGAAUUCCCCACGGGAUGAAGGAAAAGCCUCUGGAUCCCUUUUCCUCUGGAAUUCCCCAUGGGAUGAAAGCAGAGCCUCUGGAUCCCUUUCCCCCUGGAACUCCCCAUGGGAUGAAGGAAAAGCCUCUGGAUCCCUUUUCCUCUGGAAUUCCCCAUGGGAUGAAAGCAGAGCCGCUGGAUCCCUUUUCCCCUGGAAUUCCCCACGGGAUGAAGGAAAAGCCUCUGGAUCCCUUUUCCCCUGGAGCUCCCCAUGGGAUGAAGGCAGAGCCUCUGGAUCCCUUUUCCUCUGGAACUCCCCAUGGGAUGAAGGCAGAGCCACUGGAUCCCUUUUCCCCUGGAACUCCCCAUGGGAUGAAAGAAAAGCCACUGGAUCCCUUUCCCCCUGGAACUCCCCAUGGGAUGAAGGCAGAGCCACUGGAUCCCUUUUCUCCUGGAACUCCUUUUGGGAUGAAGGAAAAGCCUCUGGAUCCCUUUUCCCCUGGAAUUCCCCACGGGAUGAAGGAAAAGCCUCUGGAUCCCUUUUCCCCUGGAACUCCCCACGGGAUGAAGGAAAAGCCUCUGGAUCCCUUUCCUCCUGCACCUCCCUCUCCCUUCAGCAGCCCCUCCCUUUCCCUGCCACCUCCCAGGGCACAUCCCAGGAAAAGAGCAAUUCCCAAGCCAGAGCAGCAUCUCUGGGAGGAACCCAAGGAGAAGAUUCCAGAGCUCAGCGGGAUCCAGCAGGAAUGGCAAGAGCUGGAAGUGGAGCCCCUUCCCGAUUCCCACUACGGGCUCCUGGGCACUCGGAGCUGGCAGGUUCCUCAGGGAUCCAUGGAUGAUCUUCCUCCUGAAAUCCUCAGGAAUAUUUUUGCUUUCCUGCCAGUGCUGGAUCUGUACCAGAGCCUCAGCCUGGUGUGUCGCUGCUGGAGGGAGAUCAUCCGGGAUCCACAGUUUAUCCCUUGGAAAAAGCUCUACCACCAGUACCUGAAGAAGGAGGACUCAGCCCUGCAGAGAGUUGAGCAGAUCCUGCAGGAAUUUUCCAUAACCAAGGAGCAGCAGGGAUGUGUGCUGGGGCUGGUCAGGUUGGUGUCAUCCACAGCACCCAAGGUGGAUCCCACUGCGCUUCUCCAGAUUUUGGGAAGUCAUCCCCUCUUCCCAAAGGCUCAAGUCUGUGUCCUCAGCAAAUUCCCAGAUUUACAGAGCAAGCCUGGGCCAGAGAAGAUGUGGGCAGUCUUUGCUGUCAUGGUGCUGUUCUCUGACGGUGUUGGUGACAUCCAGAGGCUCCUGGAAUGUUUCCGGAGCCCCCGCUCGCCGCUGGCCGUGCUGGAGGUCACCGAGGUGCUCCACUGCAUGGCCACGCUGCUCCUGGCCAUGAGGAACAAGAGCAUUCCCAUCUCCAACAGGCUUCACUACAAUAUUUUCUACUGUUUGUAUCUGAUGGAAAAUGCCUGUGGAAUUGUGCAGCCUCUGGAAGAGGGAAGAGUGAAUUUGUGUUCCAGUGGAUGGGCUGAUGUCAAACUGACCCAUGAACAGCAGAGGAUUUUGAGUCACAAGAUUGAGCCUGGCCAAACAGUGAAAAUAAUGGCAUUUGCAGGCACAGGGAAAACCUCAACCUUGGUCAAGUACGCGGAGAAAUUCUCAGAGCUGAAAUUCCUUUACCUGGCUUUUAACAAAGCUGUGGCAGAGAAGGGGAAAAAGGUUUUUCCAAGGAAUGUCACCUGCAAGACCUUCCACUCCUUGGCUUUUGGAAGCAUUGGGAGACACUACAAAGAGAAAGGCAAGCUGAACUUCUCCAAGAUGUCCGUUUAUUCCAUCAGCUUCCUCCUCCGGAAAAGGGAGGGCAAAUCCCUGUUUGUAAGAGGGAAAACAGUGACCCAAACCUUGGAAAACUUCUUCUCCUCCUCAGAUGAGGAGAUCUGUGAGGAGCACACGCCCCUGUGGUUCAAAAACACUCACGGGCAGAUGGAGCUCAUGAACCCAGAGGAAAAGAGAGUGAGUUUUUGGGAUGGAUCUAAACUGAGCUUUCCCUUGGAUUUAGACCUCAUGAUCCCAGCUGAGCUUUCCCUUGGAUUUGGAGCAGGUUAUUCCUUCACAAUCCAAUUUUUUUUUCCCCCCACAGCCAUCGUGGAUAUUGUGCAAUCCCAAAAAUGUGGGAAAAUCCUGGUGGGAGACCCUCACCAGCAGAUCUACACCUUCCGAGGGGCCGUCAACACCCUCUACUUGCUGCCUCACACCCACGUGUACUACCUGACCCAGAGUUUCCGCUUCGGCCCCGAGAUCGCCUACGUGGGCUCCACCAUCCUGGACGUGUGCAAAGGGAUCCGCAGUAAAACCCUGGUGGGAGGGAGGCAAAAGGGGGACGUGCGGGGAGGCCGGGAGGGGAAGAUGGCGCUGCUGUCCCGGAGCAACUGGAAAGUGUUUGAGGACGCCGUGGAAUUCUCUGGGAGAGACCCCCCGGCCAAAAUCCACGUCAUUGGGGUGAGGGAUUUUCUCAUCGGGACCGUGCACCAAGCCAAGGGCCUGGAAUUCGACACCGUUUGCAUCGCGGAUGAUUUUGUGCAAAUCCCUUCAGUCAGUAGGGCUUUCCUGAGGAGAAUGAACAUUGCUCUUGGUGAGGGAACAGCUCCCUGGAGAGCCCAAAAAGUGGGAAAGGAGAGCGUGGUGAGGGGCUGGAGAGAGCGUUUCCUCCGGGUGGAGCUGCUGAGUGAGGCUGGGAAGGCCGAGGAUGGAGCUCCUGUUGCUUGUUGUAUGUCAGGAUGUACAAAAUCCCUGGAACUCAGCUCCGGGCUGGUGGUGAAGAAGCUCCCAUUGACUCACAGCGACGGCAGCCAGGAUCCAGGGGGAUUCCUUUGCCAGGCUUGCACCCAGAUGUUCUUCGGCUCCCUGACUCCCCUCACCUCCUUCCCAACAAUCCAGUAGGAGCCCAUCCAGCUCUAACAAAGCCCUCCAGCUUCCCAGAGCUAUCCUGGAUGUGGCACAAAUCCUCUUGGCACAUCCCAGCUCCAAAAUUGGGUGGAUGUCGGAACAGGAUUUCAGCCCAGCUCCAAAAUCAGAUGAAUGCUGGAGCAGGAUUUCAGCCCAGAUCCAAAUUCCAGGCAGAUGUUGGAGCAGGAUGUUCCCAGCUCCAAAUUCCAGGUGAAUGUUGGAACAGGAUUUCAG